AUGUCAAGCUAUAAUUAUUCAGCGAGGGACCGCGCCCAUUCUUCAUCUCGGUCUUACUCGUCAGACCACCCACCUCAGCGUCCACCUCCUUCUAAUAGGACCUCCGCUCUCAAUUUAAACAACUUGUUGAAUUCAGACGAUCAACCAAUGUCACACACAUCCAGCCACUAUUCGCUUCCUCCCUUAGCUUCUCACGCGGCACCUUAUACUCAGCCGACUUUAUCGUUUUCGUAUAAUUCACAAACGAACAACACGCAUUAUGGACAUAAUCAUAACGAUUAUCCUCCUACCACUUUGUCUACUCCCUCCACCUUAUCACAUUCUCUUCAACCGUCGAUCCUUUCGAUUCAGCGCCAUUUACCAGCUUACAAUAACACUUCCUGGGGUUAUUCCGAGCCUUCUGCUCAUCAGCAAACAUUAUCGUUUAUUCAUAAUUCAAAUGUAAACCAAAACUCUUUGCAUCGUAUCCACGAAAAUGCCGGUGUUGUGCCUCACGAGACAUUACGCCCUUUACCUAUGUCCAUUAAUCAACUUUUGAGUAGAGAUCCGAAUGAAGAUACCAGCUUCCAAUUUACGAAAUCACAGAAUGGCCCCGGUGGUGCAUUUGAUGGUGGCCCAUAUAGUAGAUCAAAUUUGACACAUGCUCCAACGGAUAGUACGGAAGAUAAAGAGAGUGCUAUAACUGCUUCAGAUGCAAACACUGAUGCGAGUUUACAUGGAUCGGACCGAUCAGAAGGCGAAUCCACUGAAGAGGAAGAAUUAAAAAUUAUUCCACCUCCACGUAAAAUACCUGAACCAGAGAUGGGAUUCGCUGUGCUUUCUCAAAGCAAUCGUAAGUUACCAGCCACUUCCGCAUCUCCAACAUUAAAAGUUUCCCCGAUUGCUCGUACAAAACGAGUCACAUCACCAAAACAACGACCUCAAUCUAAUCAGAAACCGCAAAAUAAAGUGUCAAAGACCAAAAAAUCAUCACGCAUUGACGUUGCAGGAAUUGACACUCAGGAACUGAGUCAUUCAUCUGAAUCUUCGGGUGCAACGGCUUUAAGCUCAAAAGCAGGAUAUGGCACAAGUCAAUCAAGUGAAUCAACUGGAUCUGAAGAGAGUGAUUCCGAUGGCACUAUAGAAGAAAAAUACAGCGAAGAGUUAAUUAAUUACAUGGUAGAAGUAUAUCAACGUCAAAAACGUGUUGUGGAUGAAUACGAGAGAAGAUGCAGGAUGAAGAAAGAAACUCUCCGUCGGAAAUUUUUAAGUCGGAUUAGCCUACGCAUUCCACAUAGAACAUCUGAUAAGGAAAAUGAUAUGGGCUCGUUUAAAAGUAGAUCGAGACACAAAAAAGAAAAGCGAAAACAUUACGUGGAACCACCUACUGAAACUGAUGAAGAUAGUGAUAUUGCUGGAUUAAGGCGCCAACCUCAUGAUGCGAAGGCUCAAAAACAUAGAGAUGCAAUAGAGGUAGAAGAACGACGAAAAAUAUGGAAAGACAUUGUCCGUAAUGCUAUACCUAGGAUGAAUAAAAUUGUAAUUCAGACUACAACUUCUCGAGCUAAUAAUUGUCGCAAAGUUGCACAAUUAUGUCAGAAAGAAGCUCGUAAAGCUGCUGGGAAAUCGUGUAAAUCUGCAAAAGAUAUCCAAAGUAGAGUUAAACAGGCCAAUAAACAGAUGCUCAUGUUUUGGAAACGUAAUGAAAAGGAAGAACGUGAAUUGCGUAAAAAAGCGGAAAGGGAAGCUUUAGAGAGAAUGCGAGUGGAAGAAGAGCUACGAGAAGCGAAAAGACAAGCGCGUAAACUAAAUUUCCUCAUAACUCAAACUGAACUUUAUAGUCAUUUUGUCGGAAAAAAAAUUGGGACCCAAACGACAAACGAAGUUUCAGAAAAUUCUAAUCAAGCUGAUGUAGUGACCAACGAUCAAAUCACAGAAUCUUCAACUGCUGAUUUGAAUAUAGACAUGGACAUGGAUGCUGAAUCAGAGGUCCCCGUUCCCCCAUCUUUCGCGGAUAUUGAUUUUGAUGAAGACUCUGAAGAUGCUCUUAGAGAAAAGGCACGCAUAAUUGCACAAAAUGCUCUUAAACAAGUCAAAAAACAUACAGCUGAUUUUGAUGGUGAAAGAACUAGUAGUGGAUCAAAUGAGAUUUCUGUAACGAACCAAGAUUUGGAUCAAAUGAACUUUCAAAAUCCAUCCAGUAUGCCAUCAAUGGCAGAAAUUAAACAACCAUCUAUACUAGUAAAAGUUACGUUGAAGGAUUAUCAGUUAAGAGGAUUAAAUUGGCUAGCUAACCUUUAUGAGCAGGGUAUUAAUGGAAUUUUGGCUGAUGAAAUGGGGUUGGGAAAGACAGUCCAAUCUAUAUCGUUGAUGGCUCAUCUUGCGGAGACUCAUAACAUAUGGGGUCCAUUUUUAGUAAUCGCACCAGCGUCUACUCUUCAUAAUUGGCAAAAAGAAAUAGCUGAAUUUCUUCCCGCUUUUAGGAUUUUGCCAUAUUGGGGCACUAUGAAAGACCGAGCUAUAUUAAGAAAAUCCUUAAAUAAAAGAAAUCUAAUAUUUAAUCAAGAUGCCCCAUUCCAUGUCGUUAUCACAAGCUACCAAUUGAUUGUUCAAGAUCAGGGUUACUUUUCAAGAACAAAAUGGCAAUAUAUGAUUUUAGAUGAAGCACAAGCUAUCAAGAGCUCUACUAGCGCGCGCUGGAAAACUCUUCUUGGUUUUCAAUGUCGUAAUCGACUCUUGCUGACUGGCACACCGAUCCAAAACAGUAUGCAAGAAUUGUGGGCACUUUUACAUUUUAUUAUGCCAACUCUUUUUGACUCGCAUCAGGAAUUUAGUGAAUGGUUUUCUAAGGACAUUGAAAGUCAUGCUGAAAAUAAGGGUUCGUUAAAUGAGCAUCAACUUAAACGGCUACACAUGAUUUUAAAACCCUUCAUGCUGCGCCGUGUAAAGAAAAAUGUUCAAAAUGAACUUGGAGACAAAAUAGAGAAAGAAGUAUUUUGUCAGCUAACGGCGAGGCAACGUGUUCUAUAUCGUGGUCUUCGUGAUAAGAUUUCAGUAACAGAAUUAUUAGAAAAAGCUGCAACAUGGCCUGACAAUGAUAAUGUCGAUAGUUUAAUGAAUUUAGUAAUGCAAUUUCGUAAAGUGUGUAAUCAUCCGGAAUUAUUUGAUAGAGCAGAUGUAUCUGCUCCUUUUGCUUUUUGUAAUUAUAGUUCUACAUUCAUUAUAUCCCGAGAAGAACAUUUAUACCUUCCAUAUUCUACAAAAAAUGUGCUUACCUAUAAAAUUCCUAAAACGAUAUUCCGAAGUGGAGGCUUUUUGAAUGUACCUGGUGAUAAUUCAAAUGCUGGAUCUCGUUCUAAUAUCCUUAAUCAUAUGAUGAAUAUUUGGCGACCCGAUUAUAUAAAUAAGUCAUUGUGUGACGAAAAAAACGAUACAUUUUCAUUCUUGAAGUUUGUGGAUAUUAGCCCUUCAGAAGC